AUGGCCAAGAACUUCAGUGAGAACGAUGAUGAAGGCAACAUAAUCUUGUACCAUGGGGAGCUAAUUUGUCGAGUCGAAGACUGCGCGGCCGAGACCCCUUACUCCAGCACCAAUAACUUACGCAAGCAUCUGAAAGAGCAGCAUGAUGACUUAGUCUUGAAGAAGACUGCUGGGGGGGCUACCUCCUUUAAACAAUUGAAUGAGGCCAUCCAAUUUUAUAAGUCCUUGGAAUUUGAGGAAGAAGCUGAGGAGGAAGAAGAGGAAGUGCGGCCUCGGACUCCAAAGUCCACCAAGAAGGGUGGCAGCAAACGUGCUUCGAAACGCCUGCCAGAGAAACGUCUCCCCCCUUUGCCAAUGAGGAAGGAUGGACAGAGGAAUUGUGACAAUGCAAAAGUUUGCUGCACGGACUCCCAGUUCUGUAACUAUUUCGACUUGUUUUAUGUUGAGGAGAUUGAAGAGGCAGAGGAUAAUGAGGAAGAAGUAGUUGCAUAG